AUGGCCCCGUCGCCCCUAGCCAUGGCCCCUCGCGACCUGCCGCCCCUAACCGCGGCCCCGGUGCCCUGUUGCAACAUGGUGGGUGAGGGGGUGGCAAGAGAGGGUUCUUCCUGCCCGCGUGCCCUACAGUCCAGUGGGGGGGAAGGGAUCUGCCAUCCCCCUGCUGCGGGUGCGGCAGUGGGGGGGAGGGGAUCUGCUGUACCAGCCCCCUCCGCCCCCCCCCUUCUCCUCCAUCUCUCUGCUGCGGGUGCAGCAGUGGGGGGGAGGGUAUGGGGGUGGCGGUGGGGGGGAGGGGAUCUGCAGUACCAGCCCCCUCCGCCCCCCCUUCUCCUCCAUCUCUCUGCUGCGGGUGCAGCAGUGGGGGGGAGGGUAUGGGGGUGGCGGGUGUGGCGCGUCCUGCUGUCGCCCGGGUGGCUCCUGCACCGCCCCCCCCCUUUCUCCUCCAUCCCCCCUGCUGCGGGUGCGGCAGUGGGGGGGAGGGGAUCUGCAGCACCAGCCCCCCCCCCCCCCCCCCCCCCCCCCCCCUCCCUUCUCCUACCUCCCCCUGCUGCGGCUUUUGGUAGGACCAAAAUACCUCCACCUCCUCACAUCCCUCUCCCUACUCCUUGCUCCCUCGCCUCCUCUCCUCCCUUUUGUGCCUCCCUAACUCCUCUUCCUGUCUGUGACUGCGCGCGUGCACCCGUCGGGACCAUGUCAGCAGAAUCCGAGCGCUCCUUCCCCUUCGCGCACUCUUCCCACCUCUCCUCUGUCUCUUCCGUCGCCGCUGCCGCCGCUGCCGCAGCCGCGGCGGCCACGGCGAGCGUGGACCGCGCGUUUCCCUCCCGACGCGCGGCGCCCGCCGCCGCAGGUCCCGCUGGCGCAAAUACCAGCUUCGCCCCUCCCCGCGAGCCCAGCAGCCGCGGCCACUGGCGUGACCCCGCGGAGCCGCUUGCGCCGAGAGAGCGGCAAGGGCGGGGGCACGAGCCUAGGCAUGAGUACAGGCACGAUUACAGGCACGAGAAUAGGCAUGCGAAUAGGCAUGAGUAUAGGCAUGAUUACGGGCAUGCGAGCGGGCGUGCAGACGGGCAUGACUCAUGGCGGGCACAGCGGGACUGGGGCGCGCGAGCAGGCGGAGGCUUGGCAGCGGGAGAAGAACCCGCGCGCCGGUGGGAUGCGAGGGAAGGCGCGGAUUGGCGCAACGUUGACGCGCGGACGGAGCCACGAGCGCGAGGUGGCGGUGGGGAGGGCGGCAGCGGGAGGUGGCGCGGGGGGAGCGAGAGCAGCACGAGUGUGGAAGGCGCGGGGGGACCGCAUGCGGGCGCCAUGAUUCUCCCGCGGGGCAGCAGCACUGCUAGCACGAGCACAGGCAGUGCAGUGACGAGCAGCAUGCGCGGUGGUGGUGGUGGUGGCGGCAGCAGCGCGCACCUGAGUCACCUAGACGCCGCUCUCGUGUCUCUCAUCGGCCCUGCUGCUGCUGCCGCGUUCGCUGCGGAUGUGCACGCCAUGGGCUGGCCCGCUGCCCUGCACGCCCCCGGGCCUGCCACGCACGGUGGCGCUGGGGCUGAUGGGGGGGAGGGCGGGGAGAGCGAUGCUGACUCGUCCACAGCUGCUGCUUCUGCUGCUGCUGCCGCUCAGCUUCCCUCCAACACCACUGGACCUACCACCGCCAGUGGCAGCAACAGUAACAGCAGUGCUGCUGGCAACAACGGCGUUAGCAACGGAGGCAGCAGCGCCAGGGGCGGUGGUCAGAGGCCGAGCAGUCGCAGGCCGUCAGCUCAGAUCCGCAUAGACCGCAUUCCAGCGGACACGUCCGCUGCGACAGUGGCAGCGUUCGUGCGCGACACACUGCGCGUGACAGUGGACCGCGUGAAGAUCAAGGGGUACACCCGCAUCCGCGCCCUGCCUGUGGGUAGAGGCACAGCUGGCGCAGGGGUCGGUGGAGGGGCAGCAGGGGCAGCAGGCGCAGCAGCAGGCGCAGGGGAGGGAGUGGUGGUGGGUGGGACGCGGUACAGGGAGGAGUGGGUGUCAGCGGGGUAUGGGUACGCGGACUUCCUAACAGCAGAGGUGGCGGAGUUUGUGAUGCAGAGGGAGGAGGCGCUGGUGCUCAAGGGGCAGCAGCUGGGCCUGCAGCGCACCAUGGAGCAGCGCCGAGCGCCCGAGGGGCUGCUCUUUCACGCCACCGUGCACCUCGGCUUCGUUCACCAGCCCGCCCAGCUCGCGCUGACGUGGCGCUCCAAGCCCGAGAGCUGCCGCGUGGAGUUUGACUUUCUGGAGAGGCGCGUGCGCGUGGUGGUGCAGGAGAAAGCGGGCGCGCGCGGGAGGGGUGGCGCGGGGUGGGGAAGGCGGGCGGCAGAAGCGGCGGGUGGUGCAAAGGAGGAUGCAGGUGGCUCGUUCCCUGCUGCUGGUGCGUCUCUCUCGUCCAUUCCCCUGGCGUUCCAGCGAGUGGAGUACAAGCUGGAGUGGCGCAUGCGGGACGUGCGCCUGUGGGGCACCAAGGACAGCACCACGCGUGACACGGACGGGCCCGGCCUCACCUCCUCGCUGCUGCUGCUGCUCUUUGUGCCGCCCGCCGUGUUCUCGCGGGCGAGUGACGACGACGUGUGGCAGCUGGAGCCAGACAGCUGGUUCCCUGAUGACGGCGACCCCUGGACCCGCACCACUGAUGAGCACUUCCUCCCCGCAGGGGGAAGGGCGGGCGCCGGUGCAAGCGCAGCAGCAGACGCGUAUGCGAGCGUUGGGGAUGAUGGCGGAGGGGGGAGCGCUGGUGCGGGGCGGUGGGACGGCGGGGCUGGUAGCGAUGGAAGCAGUGGUGGGGGGAGUGGGUGGAAGGGGCGGGUGUGGAGUGGGGGUGUGUUGGGGGCGGCGUCAGUGAUGCAGGUGUCGGUGCCAGUGAGGCGAGGCAGCCAUGUGAGGCGCAUAGCAGCGCACAUGCGCACCGCAUCGCUGCACCUCGGGGCACGCUACCUGGGUGACCCACAGCGCGUCGCCAUCACCACCCGCUAUGCUGCUGCCCCGCCCAUCCACCUCGCCCCCUUCAUCUCCCUCGACCCCUCCUGCCUACCCAUUACCGCCGCCACCACCGCACCUGACAGCACCAACACCAAAACCGCCAGCAGCAGCGGCAGCAGCGGUGGCAGCAGGUCUGCGGUGCCUGUUGUGCUGGCCUUUCCAGUGCUCUACCUGCUCACAGCGCUGGUGCAGCAGGGCACCAUCCCCCCCACAGCCGUGACUGCCUCUCUGUACCGCACUCUGGCAUAUGAGCCCGUGCCCGCUGCCGUGGCCGUGCUCAUCGAAUUCUUCCGCUUCUCCCGCCCUGAGUUUCACCCCUCCAGGAAGUUCCGGCAAAUUGCCAGGGCCAUGCGGCACCACGGCAAGCUGCAGGCACGGGAGGGCACUGACAAGGGGUGGGCCAAGGAACCGGAGGGGACGGGGGAGAAGCGGAGUGAGAGGGGAGCAGAGCAGCAGGGUUCAGCUAUAGGAGAGCUGGAACGGCAACAACAGCAGCCGCAGCAGCAGCCGCAGCCGCAGCAGGAACAUCGGGGCACGGAGGAGAAGGCAGGGGAAGGGGGCGAGGGGGAGAGCAGCACGUGGCCGUGGAAGCUACCUGCAAACCAUGUGCUGGUGUUCCGGCUGCUCAUCACACCGCUGGGUGCGCAGUGCUGCAUGCCGGGCGUGGAGCUGACCAACCGUGUGCUCACGCACUACCGCGCCCACGCGCACCGCUUCCUGCGCGUCACCUUCACGGACGAGGGCCUGGAGAACCUGCCCUCCUUCGCCCUCAUGGACGCUGCGGGCAGGCGCGAGGGCGGGGCCGGACACACCGAUGUGUACUGCCGCAUUCUGUGCCUCGUGGAAGAGGGCUUGAGCCUGUGUGGGCGGCACUACUGCUUCCUGGCGUCAUCAGCGUCGCAGCUGAGGGAGAAGUCAGCAUGGUUCCUGGCGGAGGAUGACGCGCUCGGCCUCUCCGUAGCCUCCGUGCAGGCGUGGAUGGGCACCUUCUCAGCCAUCCGCAACGUGGCCAAGUGUGCGGCGCGCAUGGGGCAGUGCUUCUCCUCGCGCUUCACCUCGCUGCCCCUCCCGCGCGCCCACGUGCGCAAGCUGCCCGACGUCACACGUAAUGCCUUCUGCUUCACGGACGGUGUGGGUGCCGUCUCCCCCGAGGUGGGCAUGGCCCUCGCAGACGCCAUUGCUCCCUACCUUGACAGGCCCGUGGGUGACGGGUGGAGUGAGGCUGAUUCUGGGAUGUGUGGUGGAGAGGUUGAUGUGGGUGGUGGUGAGAGUGGGGGAAGCAGUGGAGGUGAUGCUGGGGGUGGUGCUGCGGAGGGUAGUAGUGGGGAUAAGAAGGAGAGUGGUAGUGGGAAUGAGGAGAGUGGGGAUGGGAAUGAUAAGGAGAGUGGGAGUGGAAAUGUGAAGGAGAGUGGGAAACGGAAUGAUAAGGAGAGUGGGAGUGGAAAUGUGAAGGAGAGUGGGAAACAGAAUGAUAAGGAGAGUGGGAGUGGAAAUGCGAUGGAGAGUGGGAGUGGGAAUGAGAAGGAGAGUGGGACGGGGAAUGAGAAGGAAAGUGGGAGUGGGAACAAGAAGGAGAGUGGGAGUGAGAAUGAGAAGGACAGUGGGAGUGGGAGUGUGAAGGAGAAUGGGACUGCGAAUGAGAAGGAUAGUGGGAGUGGGAGUCCGAAGGAGAAUGGGAGUGAGAAGGAGAGUGGGAGUGGGAACACGAAGGAUAGUGGGGGUGCAAAUGCGAACGAGAGUGGGAGUGGGGCUGGCAGCAGUGGGACAAAAGGGAAGAAGGGAAGUGCGGUGGAGCAGGGGAGGGCAUUGCUGCGUGCACCAUCAGCGUUUCAGAUCCGGUAUGCGGGGGUGAAGGGGGUCAUCACGGUGUGGCCGCGCUGGGUCAUGCAGCAAGUGGAGCACGAGGCAGAGCUGCACAGGCAGCCAGGCAGCAAUGGCAGCAGUGGCAGCAGCGGCAGCAGGGGUGCGAGUGCCAUGGGUGGUGCGGACAUAAAUGGUGUGCAGCAGGGACAGGUGGAGAAUCUGAUGUUCCGCGAAGGGGACUACGCCACUGACUCAUGGAUGCAUGCAGGGGAGGGCGCAUGUGCAAGUGGCAGCGGUGGUGCACAUAUGGAUGGUGCUGCGUUGAAUGAUGCCCGCCCAGGCCUGGCAGCAGAGCGUGAAGGCAGUGCAGCAGAGCGUGAAGGCAGUGCAGCAAGUGCAGCAGGGGCAGGGGCAGCAGCAGUGGCGCACAUGUGGAUACGGCCCAGCAUGGACAAGUUUGAGUCGCAGCAUGCAGAUGUGGAGGUGGUGAACUGGACGCGCCCCCUGCCGUGCUUCCUCAACCGCCAGAUCAUCACACUGCUGGCCACCAUGGGAGUGCAAGAUCACGUCUUUCUACACAUGCAGGUCAGUGCACGCCUGCUCCCUGCUCUCUCCACCAAUUCCGCUGCCCUUGACCUAUCACAAGCCCCUCGUGUGCAUUACUGUUCAGCAUGCAUUCAAAGCAAUGUCAGCUAUGCUCCUUCUAUCUCUUCUCUCAACAACAAUGCACGGAUUCACCCUGCCGAACUCACUUCCACGGUGUCCCCCUUACGCGCAUGCUCCCGGCACACAUGCAUCUCUGCUCCCUCCCUGCCCGCCCUGCACGCACGUGCCCGCCAGGAUGCCAUGCUGCAGCAGUUGGACCGGGCGCUGAGUGAGCGCGAGGCAGCACUGCAGCUGUUGGAGGAGUCAUGUGCGGACGACCUCUACAACGUCGCCAUGACCAUGCUCUCUGCCGGCUUCCACCCCCACCGCGAGCCUCACCUCAAGCGCAUGAUGCGCGCCGUAAGGUCGCUGCAGCUGCAGGGGCUGAUAUCGAAGGCGCGCAUAUUCGUGAAGCACGGGCGCUGGCUCAUGGGCGUGGUGGACGAGACGGGGCUGCUGGAGUACGGCCAGUGCUUCAUCCGAGUGUGCGACACCACAGCGCCCAUAUCCCUCUCCACCGCCGCCACCUCUUCCCCCGAAGCCCCCAUCCUGGCGCCCACGGUGCACAGCACAGGGCGUGGGCUGGGCGCGCCGCAAGUGAUAACAGGCCCCAUAGUCUUCGGCAAGAACCCCUGCCUGCACCCGGGGGACCUGCGCGUGCUCACAGCCGUGGACGUGCCGUGCCUGCACCAUCUCGUGGACUGUCUUGUGCUGCCCAAGAAGGGCCCGCGCCCGCACGCCAACGAGGCAUCAGGGAGUGACAUGGACGGGGACGUGUACUUUGUCACGUGGGACGCACGCCUCAUGCCGCCGUCCGGGUGGAGUAGUGACCCGAUGGAUUAUCAGCCGGUGAAGAAGGAGGGCAAGACUGCUGUCACCAUGAAGGACAUGCACCGAUUCUUUGUGGACCACAUGUUGAACGACAGCGUGGGCAUCAUCUGCAACGCGCACGUCGUGCACGCGGACCGCAGCGCCCAGCAGGCGUCCGACCCCGCGUGCGUGCGCCUGGCGCGCGAGGCCGCCAUCGCGUUCGACUUCUGCAAGACGGGCGUGGCGGGGCAAAUGCCGCGCGACCUGCGCGUGCAGGAAUACCCCGACUUCAUGGAGAAGGGCGCCAGUAAGGAGACGUAUGAGUCGGAUAAGGUGCUGGGGCGGUUGUACCGCGAGGUGAAAGACACUGCUGUGGUGCAUGAGGAUGACGAUCUGCCUCGCGUGGUGCCGGCUGUGGCGGAGGAGGAGGGGGCGGGUGGGCAGGAGAUGGCGCAGGAGCGGAGGGAGCGGGAGGAGGAGGUGGCGCGGGUGGUGAGGGAGGGGAGGGAGGUGAGGGAGGGCGCGGGGGAGAGCAUGGGGUGGGAGGGCGAGGUGGCGGUGCUGGAGGAUGGGCGCACGUGGCUGCGGUGGCCGGGCGUGGACGAGGUGGGGCGCACAUACAGGGAGGACCUCAGGGUGGAGGGGUAUGAGCAGCACGUGCAGGAGGCCAGGGCGCUCAAGUGGGCGUAUGACCGCUCCAUGCUGCACAUCCUGCACCAGUUUGGCAUCAUGACGGAGGCAGAGGUGGCAUCGGGCAGCAUGCUGCAGGCAGCCCAGCACAAUGGGCGCAAGGACGAUGCCGUGCGCGAGCACGUGCGCAACAUGUACAUCAACCUGCGCCGCCACUACCACCGCCUGCUCGUGUGCGGGGCAGAUCACGGACGGGGAGAAGACGACGAUGAUGAUGACGACAGGAGUGAUACCUCCUCCCCCGCUGCUCGCACAAAGCAGCAGCAGCGGCGGCAGCAGCAGAAGGAUCCGCGGCUGCGGGUGACGUCCAAGGUGAACGUGGUGCAGGGCAUCAAGGCCAUGCUGCCGGACGAUGCACCCACUGCCCGCAAGCCCGGCGCUGAGGCUAUGGAAGAGGCAACACGUCUUGACCACGCAACCGUGCGGGCGCGGGCCUUUGCGUGGUACCAUGUGUGCUAUCACCCCUCCGAGCUGCAGCGCGUGCAGCAGGAGGCACGCGGUUUCGGGCUGAGCGUGGCGCCGGUGUUUCUGAGCUUUGCGUGGAUUGGCGUGGACAUCCUGUGCCAGCACCUCAUCACCGACUGA